UCGAGAAGGAAUAAUGUUGUUCAAAGCUCUUUCAUUGUUGGUGGUAAUUGGCUCAGUUUUGGCUGAAGUGCCAACUGAGCACACAAUCAAUACUGACGUCACUCUUCUGGAUGUGAUGAUGAUGCCUCGUGGAGACCCAGUUCUAGACGCCUACUGUUGGGGCAGAUACACACCAAUCAUGAAGGAGAUUAUCGAUGUGUUCGAGGCUGAAUCCAAGCAAUGCCAAACUGACUUUGAUAUCAGUAAUACUGCAAUUGUCGAAAGGUAUUCCAUUGUUCUUGCAAACAUUAGUGCAACUGCAGAGGAAUCAUGUGAAGCAUUGCUCAAAUGUGGUGACCUUUCUACUCAACUUGAAUCCUUUAAUUGCUUUGGAACAGCAGGUCGUGAUCAAUCCCAAAAACUGACAACAAUGUCAGGAGACUCCCUUGCAGCAGCUAUCAGCCUUGCAGAGGAAAUCAGCAGCAUCACCAGUAUUCAAAAUCUGUGCACUGAGAAGGCGAUCGCACGCUAUAGUAAUGACAACAGUCAGGCACUUAAGGAACUGAUGGAAUGCCUCGAUGGCAACAUUGUAACGGAACAGCCAGAAUUGACAACUAUUGUCAAUUAAUUAAACCUUAUUAUUAUUAUAAGCAUAAUAUAAUUUUAU